AGUGACGACCAAAAGAAGAGGGGCCAUUGCGGGGAGGCCAUGGAGCGACUCCAGCGUCAGCCCAGGCCAGCCGGCUUGCGCCGGCUCGGGGUGUUGCGGCACCGCUUCGACCCCGUGGAGGGCUGCGGGCUCCAGGACCUGGCGAGGUUGCUGGAUCCUUCUUGCCCUUCCCGCUCUUUCCGGGCGAGGACCGUCGGCGUGGGCGAUGGCACUUGGAUCCUGGAGAGCCCCGCGCGGGAGUGGAUGAUCAAGAAGGUCUCCAUCGAACGUAUCGGCUCGAACCUUCCGACGCAGCUGGAGAACUGUGAUGCGUUGGUUCAGAAGUUCCCGGGCAUCGUGCGCGACAAGAAGCUGGCCUUCCCUCACAGCGUCAUCGAGCUCCAGGGGCACACCGGUGAACGCGUCGGAGACCUGCUGGUCUCGCGGCGCGCGCCGGGGGUGCAGCUAGGCCGGUUCCUCGCAGACCUCGACUUGCGCAAGGCACAAGACCAACUACGCCUGGAGAGGGUUUGCGCAGGUGUUGGGGAGAUGCUGGCAGAUUUCCAUGCCCGCUACGCUGACCCGAAGACAGGGGAGGCGACUUAUCACACGGACUUCCACCCCAGCAACGUCCUCUACGAGCAGCAGACGGAUACCUUGAGUAUUGUGGAUCUCACUGGCAUGGGCACGCCGGGAGUUACGGACGACUUGGACAAGUUCCAGAGGCUGCUGGCUCGCCUGGCCGGCGAGCGAUAUGCCACGGCCUUCCGCCUGAGAUACAUCGCGCUGGCGCCUGCCUGGGUCAGCGAGCGCAGCAGCACCAAGUCCACUGCGGCGAGCAGUGACAAGUUGCUGUAUCCGCCCACGGCAGAGACGUUCACCACGCUGCCUCGGGCCACUUCCUUUAGAAGCCUCUCCUCACUGGCGACAGGCUUCGACCCGCAUCAGAACAUCACAACCCUCGCGUGGCUGGUCUCCCCGAAGGUGAAGCUCGUGCAUCCCCGGCUGCAGCCGGCACGCACCAAGGCUUGGAUGCUCUACCAGAGCGGGCAGAAGGAGUGCUUCUACUUGCAAUAUGCUCCGGCCAAGAGCGAGGCUCCUGGCCUGCCCUCGAUCGCGGAGCGCUGCGAGGAGUUCGUGGGCAGGUAUCCUUGGAUCCUGGAUGACCUGGCCGUGGCCUUUCCGCAUUGCGUCAUCCCCUUGCAGAUGAGCCUGAAGUACCACGGCGCCGUGUUCGUGGCCAACUGCGGCUGCAACUCCACGCUGGAGCAGUACGCUUUGUCCGUGCGGGAAAGCCGAGACGCGGAUGAGGAGGAGAAGCUGCUCAGGAUAUGCUUCAAGGCGGGGGAGGACUUGUGCCACCUCCAGCAGACCUACGACGUCCAGGAGCCGCAUCUGCAACUUCGGCCCAGUUGCGUGCUAUAUGACCGCGACACGGGCCUCAUCGCCUUUGCAGACUUUGCUUGGGCAGGCGACGACGCAGUCAGCGCGAAAGACCGACUGACGGAGUCUGUUCGUUCGUUUGCAGGGCAGGCUGCAGCGGAGGAGUUCCGCAGAGGCUACUCUUGCAGGCAAAGGAGCAGCAGGAGUCGCGAAAACGACGUCUGCUUGGGCCAUUUGAGGCUACCCUGGAGCUGCCGAAACGAGCCGGUCUCUGAGGCGGCCGAGGAUGCAUCCUCCUCCGAGUCGGAGGAUGAAGCAGGCCUCUCUUGCUGCCUGAUGUGAUGGCGUUCCUUCGCACUUUUCGGGCUCCGAAAGCGGAUGCGGGACAGGUCCGGACGUGGAAGCUCCUCGGUUUCAGCGGACAAGGUGGUGCUGUUUGGAGUACCUGAGACCUCAAACCCUCAAACAUGGGAUAAGUAUGACUCGCGCCACCAGCAAAAGUAACUCUAAAACAUGCGCCAUCCUAGUUGAACCGGCCCAUUCUAGGGCCAACAUAAUUCAAGCCCAUUCGGCAAGCGAAUUGGGCAGAGCUCGAGCUGAAGGUCGUCAAGCAGUUGGGUUUGUC